AUGCCCAACUGGCCACUGGCUGUCCCAGGUCAGCAAUCCUGGGACAGCCAGGAUUGGACCACUUGGUCUGUGGUGAGGUCCCCGUCAGAGAGUUUGUUAACAGGUCUUCUUUAUCACCAUCCUGAGGACCCAAUCAGUUUCCUCCACAGCUGCCUGACCACAACCAGACAUCUUGGAGGUCCCAGAGCCGUCACCUGGGACACCUUCAUCCACCUGGAGAGACACAGGCCAAGUCCUCCUCCUUCUCCAGUCCUGUCUCAGCUAUCCAUAGACUCCGACUCUGACAUGACAGAAAGUUCUGGACUCCAGCAGGAAGUCAGCAUCAAACUUUCUCAGAGACAAUGCCCUAUUAUCUUUAUCAUUGGUGGUCCAGGAAGUGGGAAAGGAAGUCAAGCAGCUCUUCUAGCUAAAAGCUUCAACCUCAGAGUCAUCUCAUUGGAUGAGUUGCUCAGGAGGCAGCUACUAAGCCAAGCCUCUCCCAGCAGGAAGUGGGAGGUCAUUUCACAAAUGAUGAGUCACGCAGAGCUGGGAUCACAGGAGGAGACGAUAUCAGAGCUCAGGCGACAGCUGAUCGGUCAGCAGAAGGUCAACGGGUUUAUUUUGGAUGGAUUCCCUCGGGAUGUCCACCAGGCUCUAAGCUUCCAAGAACAGAUUGGCUCUCCUGAUCUGGUGAUGCUCCUGCUCUGCUCCAAUGAAACUCUGCGCUGUCGUCUGCAAAGACGAGCCACUGAGCUUGGUCUCCUAGGAGACAGUAGCUACGCCCUGCGGAAACGCAUUGACUCAUUUCAGAGAGACAUCAUCUCUGUCAGAAGAUAUUACAAACAGCUAAACCUGCUGAAACAGAUUCCUGCAGGUCUGCCUCGGACUAAAGUUGGCCUGAUUCUGGCUUCUGGUCCUGACUAG